UACCUGUGCUGAGGUGGACGUCACCACCAGAGUGAAACUUGGUCAGAAAACUUCAUUGUGUGUUUACAGAGAACAAUCAUUGGCACAAGCAACACAUGUGAAAAUAAAAUGUGAAAGUUACUAGCGCCAUUUAGUAGAGGCAUAUGUUUAUUUUAAAAUAAGCCUAACCGACAUGUGGGUCUUAACAAUGAGAUGUUGGCUUCCUAAGAGUUUAUAUUUGGCAAGCUAAACUUGAAGGGAUCGUUUUAUCAUAAAAAUAAUGUUUUAAAAGGAUUAGAUAAGGAGUUUUAUGCUGUUAGAGUUGGCACUGUUUUACAGCCGCAUUUACUUUUUUAACAAUAACAACUUUCACAACUGAACCAUUAUUUAACUUUAUAUUUAUGUAUUUUAUAUUGUAGCCUACAUCAAUAUAUUGUCUAAGGAUAAUCUGGAACAAAUACAGCAUGUGAAUUGACUUAGAUGAAUGAUAUUAUACACAUAAUAUCAUCAAACAGCAUAAAUCAGUAAAUCUGUGCCAUACUGCAUUUUCAACAGAUGACCAUUUGUCAUUCAGUAAACAGUUGAUAGCUAGAACAAUAGUUUAAACAAUAGUUCAAAUGGUCUGUUGCGCUUUUUUGGGUUCCUGGCGUGGGAGUGCAAAGUUGGAAGAUAGCACAGGAGUCACAACACAGAAGAAUGACAAAGACUGUUAGUAAACUAGCCAGAGGCGUUUCUGUCAGGAAUGUGCAGAAGAUGUUGUGCUUCAGUUUUAAGUUUAAUGGCAACACACGACUGACCUUCCAAACAGACUCCACACUGAAAUAACUUCUUCAAAAUCCCAAACAAUAGUGUUGCAAAUUUAGUUACAGUGUAGCAGGGCAGUUACCAGACACAGUUAAUGUUAUGAGGUCUUAUAAACCCAGUUUUUGGCUGCCAGCUCAUCUGUGGGCAUUAGUGUGGAUAUUAAUGGAGAACAGAGAAACUCUGCCAGUGGUGAUAAAUCUGGGCAUGUUAGGACUGUAACUUGUAGCCUCUCCUUUUGCCGCUUAUUUCAUGGGAAAUGCUUUAGGAAUGAAAGUGUUCAGGAAUCGCAGUGCUCUGGCAAGACCGGUUUGUCCUUGAUGUGUUGCAUGAAGCUUCCCGCUAUCUCCAGGAUUAAAGCAACAUUUAGAAGUUUGUAGAAAUAUCUUUAAUGGUUAAUGAUUUGUGAAUAGCACAGCUAGAGAAGAUAACAAGGAAACUUCCCGUUGCCAUUAGUAAUUUAUUUUGUGUUUUUGUUGGCAAUGGAGAGCUUUCCUUGAAUGACUCAGAUGUGUGCCUGUGUGUGUGGUAGUAAAGUUGCUUUUCAGAAUUAUGAAAGCUCAGUCAGCUCAGUUCCUGAUGGUACGGAUAUGUCUUGUGUGCCUGGAUUACGUGUGUUAAUAUAUAAAGCUGUAAGUGUUUGGGUUGCAGUCUUUGAAAUCUUCAAAGUGGAAGUGUGUUUGAGGCCGAAGGGCAACAUAUAUGUGGAUAACAGAGUGUUUUUGAGAAGGACAGACUUGUUUGGGUUUGAGAGGCAGAGUUUGUUUUUUGUUUAGAUUUGAUAAAACGUUGGCUCAUGACUUGCAGCAUGCUGGAUUAUCUAAAAGAGGAGACAAAAAAUAGAUAAAUUUAUGGACCACACACGAUUUAUGCUAUCACAGCAUAGUAUAUUACAGCCAUGGAUUCGUUUGUUUACAUCCGUACAUCUGUGUGUCUUUCUGUUAACCACAGUACAUACUAGAGAAUUUUUUUCAUGCUAAGAGAUGCAGAACAUGUACAGAGCACCACAAUAAUAUCAUGAGUCAGGAAAUUGUAUGUGACCAAUACGGUUUACUGCUGUAGUAUAUGACUCCCCCAGACGUUCUCAGGAUCACAUAACUUGGUGUCAUCAGUUUACGAAAGGUAAACAUAGUGCAAAGAGUUAAGGUUAGUGCACAUUGUGUAGGGAGCAGCCCCUAUUCAAAAUCUCCCAAAGUUCAUGAGAAAACGUAUCUUUAGUCCUGAUAAAACUAUUCGCCUUUGUUCAUUUCUUUUGCUACUAUUACUGCUAUUUUAAUGUUCUAAACAAACAGAGGACACAAGCACAAGGACACUUUCAAGUAUAUACUAACUAAGUAAUUCAUAUCUUCCUGUUAGGUCAGCGUCAUGGGAUGUGCCCUUUGAUGAAGUGUUUGUCCUUCAUCUGUUUGUGUUUCAUCGGUGUUGUUGAAACUACCCUGGCAAGAGAUUAUGAAAUCAGACCCAAGAUCCACUGUAUUCUGAGUGAGGAAGGACCCGUGUAGAUCACUACUACUGGGCUUUGAGCUGAUAUAUUUUCCGUGUCCUUACCUCGGACUGCUGCGGUCUCUGGAACAGGACCAGUUAUCCCUUCAGAGAAUGAAGAAAAUUGUGAAGACCAUCCACAACUCGGGACUCAAUCAUGUGGAGAAUAAGGAUCAGUACAUAGAGGUUCUGGAGAAUCUGGGGAACAGUCACUUGACUCAGGACAAUAAUGAGAUUUCCACCGGCUUCCUGAACCUGGCUGUCUUCACACGAGAGAUCACGGCGCUCUUUAAAAACCUGGUGCAGAAUCUGAACAACAUCAUCUCUUUUCCUCUGGAGAACGUGUUAAAGGCAGAGUUGAGAGACAGCAGGCUGGAGCUGAAAAAACUGAUGGAGAAAAGUUGGAAGGAUUACGAUGCUAAAGUUGGGAAGCUGGAGAGAGAGAAGAGAGAGAAACAAAAACAGCAUGGGCUGAUCCGACUGGAAGGGUCAGACACAGCAGAGGACAUGGAAAGAGAGAGGAGGAACUUCCAGCUGCAGAUGUGUGAGUACUUACUGAAGAUUCAGGAGCUUAAAGUUCGCCAAGGUCCAGAUCUGCUGCAGAGCUUGAUCAAGUACUUCCAAGCUCAACUGAAUUUUUUCCAAGAUGGACUGAAAGCUGCAGAGAAUCUUGGUCCAUUUGUGGAGAAGUUAGCAGCCUCCGUACAAACGGUUCGCCAUGAACAGGAUGAAGAAGUUAAGCAGCUCUCUCAACUGCGUGAUUGUCUUCGGACACAACUGCAGGUGGAUAGCAAAGAGGAUUCUCUAAACAGGAAGAACUCUGGCCAUGGCUACAGCAUCCACCAGCCUCAAGGCAAUAAGAAAUACGGCACAGAGAAAUCUGGCUUUCUUCUUAAGAAGAGUGAUGGGAUCAGAAAGGUUUGGCAGAAGAGGAAGUGUGGGGUUAAAUAUGGAUGCCUCACCAUUUCUCACAGCACUAUCAACAGACCACCAGCAAAGCUCAACCUUCUGACCUGUCAGGUGCGGCCCAACCCUGAGGAAAAGAGAACGUUCGAUUUAGUAACACACAAUCGCACAUACCAUUUCCAGGCCGAGGACGAGCAAGAAUGCAUGAUAUGGGUGUCUGUGCUGCAGAACAGUAAGGAGGAGGCGUUGAACACUGCUCUCGGAGGAGAUCAGCUCCAGUUUCAAGACAGCGGUUUGCAGGAGCUAGCCCGAGCUGUCAUCUCGGGCCUGAGAAAUCUGCCAGGCAAUGAAUCCUGCUGUGACUGCGGAGCACCAGAUCCCACCUGGCUGUCCACCAACCUGGGCAUCCUCACUUGCAUCGAGUGUUCAGGAAUCCAUCGUGAGCUUGGAGUACAUCAGUCACGGAUUCAAUCGCUCACUCUUGACGUGCUUAGCACCUCUGAGCUUCUGUUGGCAGUCAGCAUUGGAAAUGCCAAGUUUAAUGACGUCAUGGAAGUCAACCUACCCAAUGAUGCAAUCAAGCCUCUCCCAAAGAGUGACAUGACAGCAAGGAAAGAAUACAUUGUUGCAAAGUAUGCCGAGCGCCGUUACGUUCUGCCGAAGGAACACCCUGAGCCGUACCGUGUAUACGAUACAGUGAGGAGCAAAGACCUCACGUCGCUGCUACAGCUCUAUGCGGAGGGAGAGGACCUCUCUAAACCAGUGGUCACAAACGAUGGACAGGACCUGAAGGAGACCGCCUUUCACUUAGCUGUGCGGAUGGCAGAUAAGACAUCUCUGUCUCUUGUGGAUUUUCUUGCUCAGAACUGUGGCUGCUUGGAGAAGAAGACAGCAGAAGGAAACACAGCUCUGCAUUACUGUGCACUUUACAACAAAUCAGAAAGUUUGAAACUGUUGCUCAAAGCAAAGGCUGCUUUACACACAGUAAACUCAGCAGGUGAGACUGCUCUCAACAUCGCCAAGAGACUGCAGCACACACAAUGUAUCGAGCUGCUUGAGUUGGCACACAGUGGGAAGUUUAACUCUCAGAUCCAUGUUGAAUACACGUGGGAAACGCCACAGGACAUGUAUGACAGUGAAGAUGAUCUGGACGAUAGGGCGAGUCCACAUCCUAAGGGAUCUCGGUCUCCGGUUCCCCCUGCUGGCAGCAAUGGGCACGUCUCCUCUGCCUGGAAUUUUGCUAAAAGCAGGCCAGCUGGGACCUAUGAGAACAUUGACUUCCUCUAUCGUAACCCUCCAAACAACAGCGCGCCCACUGAGGGCACCAUGCCACCUCCUUUACCCGCUAAAGCAAUACAGAGAGGUUGUUCAGACCCUCAGAUCUCGGUUUCCAUUCCAGAGACUCACGCUCCCUACCGUCAGCGCUCCCACCCCACGGGUUGCUUUCAGAGAACCAGCAUAUCCCCCGUGACUGAGUCACCGGGUCAGACACAUACACGAUCUCUGAGCACCGGAGCAUCCAAAGCACAGAGGCAUACUGUGUCCUGGGACGGACAACACUCCUCAGGGACAGAGGUCAAAAAUCCCUCCACCUCUCCACAGAGUCAGAGAGGGCCUGUUAGUUCAGAGAAGACGACCUCAUAUCGGCGCACAAGCAGUGGGAGUCAGGGCAAAGGUUCAGUAGCGGGAUGUGCAGGCAGUCAGGAAGACCUGUACUGCAGUCCAGUGGGUGGAGCCAUCAACCCUGCACCACCCCCAGCUACCGCUAAAGCUAACUCCAAUGCCGCUGUGCCAAUCAUACUGCCCCCACCUCGCUCACGGAAAAACGCCAUGAUCUCUUUUAAGCAGAGACCCAGGAAGGUCAGAGCGUUAGUGGACUGCAGAGCGGUUGGUCCAGAUCAGCUAGCUUUCUUUAAGAACGAGGUCAUCAUAGUGACCGCUUCUGAUGACCCACACUGGUGGGUCGGCCAUAUAGAGGGAGAACCCUCCAGAAGCGGCUCCUUUCCGGUCAACUAUGUACAUAAAUUAGGAGAAUGAAUCUCAGUGGAUACUUUACACCAUGUGCACAAAGUCUAGGCCGUUCCUUUUAAGUUUUAGAGCCUCGAGACAUAGAUGCAGUGGACUGUAUCUGCAAUGCACUUGCAAUGGAGCCUUUUGGAUCCUGUAAGCUGAUCCAUUGGUCCGUGUCAGAGCUGUUCAUAAUGUAUUUUAGCUCUAUGUAUCUGGACUGAAUGAAUGGCAGGUACAUUAUAUGUAGCCCGUGAACAUGCAGAAUAAGAAUAAAAGCCAUCCAGCUUUCAGUUACAUUUCAAAGGAUAUAAAUGGAUGCCAACGUUUGCUGUCUUUGAUCUUCAAUCAAAUGACAGCAUUUAUAAUCAUUGAUAUUUUAGUUGAAGGAUUUAGGCUGGAUCUAAAAAUGAGAUCAUCUCAAGAACAUCAGUCUGGCGCCCUUUCAAUCUGCACCCCAGACAGGAAGGCACUCGACUCAUUUACCUUAGCUCUUCCUGUGGUUGGUUCGAUAGCUCGGUGGAGUCAUGCUUUAUGGUUAUUAUUUUAUACUGUCUGGCAUUAUGACCAGACACCAGACAGAGAGUUAAAGGAUGAGAAAUGUAUUUGGUUUCAUCUGUCUCUGCACCAGCGUCUCCGGUUGCGGCUGGUUCCCGGACAUCCAGGCCUAUACUGACAUUCAGGCUGAAACGCAUCUGCAAGAUCGGAAUGUUCAAUAAUUGAGAAAAAAAUGUUCAAUAAGUUUUGAUCGUUGUGCAGGCUUUUCCAAAAUAGUCUGGAAGAUGUCAAACAUCAACCAAAUGCUUGGAUUAAAUUUGAUUGUGUUUAUUCUGCAGUAACACAAGCUUUUCCACAUAAAUAUUAGGUGCGCAGUUUAGAGUGCUCAUAUUCUGUGCUGUUGUGUAAAAAUCUGACUUCAUUUUAUGAAAAAGAUUUCUGUCUCCCACUGUUACCGUCUGUCUCUGCAUUCUUUUCGGUCUGUAUAGUGCCCAUUGUAUAUUUAAUGGGGUCUCCCUCUACACCGAGGUGCUUUUGUGAUGCAUUUGGAACGUGUGUGAAAUCAACAGACUCCAUAUAAAUAUUUGAUAGGCUGAGCACAUUACAGAUGUUUUCUCUUCUGCCAUCUCAUUGACUUCUGUGAAGCGUUUUUUUUUAGGGGGCAGAGACCCAAUCGGUUCAGCUGACUUUGUGUUUUAGGAAAGCAAGAGGCGGAAGGUAAUGCUGCCUGUAAAUGAUGCUUGUUGGACUCGAUUGUUUUGUACGUGUUUCGCUGUAACUGCAUAUAUUAUUGAUGACUAACGAUGUGAUGUCUGUUCGCCAAGCCACUGUUAAUUAAUUUUAAGAAUGGAAAAUAAAAAUGUGCAAACAAUGA